UAGCAGUGAGGACGAUCCGAGCCCCCGAUGAAGCGGAGAGACCAAGUCGCCGUGGUCCGGUGUCAACUCGGCUCCAACGGCCCCUGAACAAACAAGCAAAACUGCUUUCGCGGAUUGAUUCAUUUGUGUAUUUUUUUGGCGGGGGUCUUUUUUUUUUUUUAAAUCAAACGAGCGGAUUUUUUUAUUUUUAUUUUUGUGGUCACGUCACUGCCCGCAUUUAUCGCAGAAACUGGCGGAAUAUUGCACGGCGCGUGGAUCUUCCCGAAGGCGCGUCCGGGCGCUGAAUGAGGAUACCCAGUUCUCCAUAGUUGGGGGGUCAGCGAUCCGGAGCGGGGAAUCAAAACCUCUUCGCAGGUGGAAAUAACGAAGACCGGUUGGAUUCCAACUCAUCCUGCCCUUGCCGCCGGAUUCAUUAUGAAGUCUUUCACUAUGUGGCUUUUCAUUCGCGUCUUUCUUCUGCUACUAGAUCAGACUGCAAGCUCCUGGGGGGGUUCCUCAGCCUCCGUUUUGGCAGUGGCUGGCGAUGGCCCCGGUACCACCAGCACAGGGUCUGGGCCUGAAGCCCAGCCAGAAUGGGUGGACUGUGUCCAGGCCACUGACAUGUGCAACCAGAACUCUCACUGCAGCUCCCGAUACAGAGUGAUGCGCCAGUGUCUUGUAGGCAAGGAGAAGGACUCCAUGUUGGACACCAACAGGGAGUGCCAGGCUGCUUUGGAGGUGUUGCUGCUUAGCCCCCUAUAUGACUGCCGCUGCAAGAGGGGCAUGAAGAAGGAGCUGCAGUGUUUGCAGAGUUACUGGAGCAUCCACAUGGGGCUCACUGAAGGUGGCGAGUUUUAUGAAACGUCCCCCUACGAGCCUGUGGCGCCCGUCCGUCACCCUGAUGCUUUCCGCUUGGCCUCCAUCAUCUCAGGGAUGCACACUGUGGCGCCCAAAGGUUUCCAGUGCCCCGACACUGACAAGAACUGCAACCCCUGUCUGGAUGCGGCCAAAGCCUGCAACCUCAACAGCACCUGCAAGAAGCAGCGCUCCGUGUACAUCUCCACCUGCAACAAGGGGGACCUCAGCAAGGGGGAGACGUGCAAUAAUAGGAAGCGCUGCCACAAGGCCCUGAGGCAGUUCCUGGACCGCGUGCCCCCAGAGUACAGCCACCGGCUGUUGUUCUGCCCCUGCCAGCACGAAGGCUGCUCAGAGCGACGUAGGCAAACCAUCGUGCCCGACUGUUCUUUCAACGACAAGGUUAAACCCAACUGUCUGGAACUGAGGAGGGUCUGCCGCCAGGACCCUCUGUGCAGGUCUAGACUGGCGGAUUUCCACAUGAACUGCGUUGUGACUCAGCACACAGUGAGCAGCUGUCCCAACGAGGACAAUUACCAGGCUUGCUUGGCCUCCUACGCCGGACUGAUUGGGACAGAUAUGACUCCAAACUACAAUGACAGCAGCUACUCCAACUGGACCGUCUCUCCGUGGUGCAACUGCAAGGGAAGUGGCAACCAGCAAGAGGAGUGCAUGAAUUUCCUGAGGGAUUUCACUGACAACACAUGCCUGAGAAACGCCAUUCAGGCCUACGGUUAUGGGACGGACAACGUGCAGCGCAAAGACGAGUCUGUCCCAGGCCCCUCGGCGACUGCAAAGGCGGGGCUCGACAGAUCGACGAGCACGGCAGAACCCCCCUACAUCCCCAAUGACAGCCAAACAUGGGAAGAACCACAAGUCAAGGCCGUGGUGGAGCCCAGCAGCGGUUACGGUGGCCAGAGCAGACCCCAGGGCCAGCCAGAGGAUUGCUCAGCCUGUCUGUGUGCCAGCGUCUGGGCUCUGCUUCCCGGCCUGGCCUUGGCCCUGGUCCUGGCCCAGCAUGCCUUAUAGAAGCGCCAGGAGGAGAAAAAGAGGUCACCCACCCACAAGCUGAACCUAAAAGCAGAAGGUGUUAUUUCUGGGACUGAUUUGAAGAAGGCUGAAUCUCUGGGCACUCAUCACAAAUGGCAUUUAUGAAGGAGGAAAAAACAAAAACGCGGCUAGCAGAGAGCAACCUUUGGAAAAUUUAAAACGGUGAAUUUGUUGUUUGUUUUAUGUGUUGUUAGGGGGCUUUCAGGUCCGCGCACAGCAACGGAGGAAGUGGCUAGCGAGGAAAAGGACCUCUGAUAGCGAGGGAAGCCUGUAAGGCCCGUCUGUGGGACUGAUUCCUCCUCUUGACUGGGAUGUAAACCUGCAAGACGCAGGCCGGUCGUGGCAAAGACUCCCGCGCUUUCGCCACGUUGGACGCACGGGGGAAAAAGGGGGAACGGGGGUGAAUACAAUUACGAGAAGACUGGAAGGACGGAAAAGAAAGUGUGACGGAGAAAAAGGGAGGGAACGAGGAGAAGAGGUGUCAAGUGUGAGAGAUGAAAAUAUAUUUCUAUCAGUCUUGUUUAUGUUACUUAUUUUGGAUUUGGAUUUUUUUUUUUUUUUGCAUUGGAAUUGGAUCUUGACUCGAUCUUCCCUUGGAUAACCAGACCAUAAAUCUAGGGAUGGGGGAUGUAGGAUGGGGAAAAAAAAGGAAGAAAAAAAAUCUGUCUCCUCUACACGAGUGUAAAAUCUAAAAGUGUAAAGCCUUCUCGGUGUUCUAAGUGUUGAUGUAGUAUCCGUGACCAUACUCGCUCUAUCGUUCAGCUCUCUUCAUUUGGGUGCUGCUGAACACCUUUUCCAGCGGGAGACGACAAGAACUGAAGACGGCAAAUGUUAACAGUAAAAUGGUUCUUAUUUGAGAUGUUGUUGCUGAUUGUGGGUGUGAGCCUUAUGUCCGACUGCACAUGUGUAUAUUUCAGUCUCUCUCGCUAUAUAUAGAUAUAUAUAUACACACACACACACAUACAUACAUACAUACAUACGCACAUAUAUGUGUAGACAGACAUAUAUGUGUGUAUGAAAAUGUUUUCUUUCAUUCGAUCCAUUGUUAUCUACAGUACCUUGAAUGAACAUCUCUGUAUGUCAUGAUGGCUCUGUAUUGAGUAUGAAAAAAAAAAUGAAAAAAAGAUUUGGUACCAAUGACUGGCGGUGGAAAGCCUUCAUUAUUUGCAUUUAUGUUGGUCUAUAAAGGUUCCAUCACAAAGAAUGUUCGCAGGGAUGAAAUUAAAGGAGCUCCAACUGCU